ACCAAACUUCGUACCAAACUUUCCACCGUUGACUCCAGAACUUCCUUCUUUUCCUGGUCUGCUCAGCCAUUUCCUGUAAUCGCAAUACCAUCUGCUCCCAUUACCGCCGCAUAUUUGUCCCACUGGACACCGCGAGGGUUGAAAGCGAAGAGAAAUUCGGCGCCUGGAUUGGCACAGAGGGGUGGAUUUGCCAGUCAAUCGGGAAGUAUGGUCUCUCCGACCGAGGAACGAAAGAUGGAGAAAUUCAGAGAGCUCGUUAUGCCUCCGUCUGCUGCUACUCUUCAGCGCUAUAGCGCAGGGCAGAAGAAUCGCAGGGCCUCUGGGGCAGGGAAUCCGAGUAGCACUCCUCACUCCAUAGCGCCCGGGAAUAACACGACCGAAAGUCCCAGAAGCGUACAACCAGACCCCCCAUCAAACCUCUUGGUACCAGGGACAGAUAAUAGCUCACUGGAUUCUGGGAGCAACGCGCCGACUAUAGCGAGCAUCAAGUCUGGCCAUAUCGGAAAAGCACCACGGAAAGAACAUUUCAUUGGCACUUCAACACCUAUAGAUACCAGCGCUGCGGAUUCGGCUGCUGCUGGGGCUUCUGGAGCUAAUGCAUUUUCGCAAGAUCACAGUUCAUACGUGGCGGAACCGGCAACUGGCAAGCAACCUCCGACGGCACAGGCCCUUCCAGCGGUGAGAGAUCUCCCUGGAUCAUCAAUGGCGGCCCUCGCACCUGCACCGACUGAGGCUCUGGGUUCUUGCCCUCAUAACACUCUGAGCGACGAGUCUCCUGGCCUUGGAGCAGGAGGAGCGGUUGGUGCAGGCGCGUAUUCCAGAGGAGGAUCCGGAACUACGGGCCCUACUUCACCCACGGGAAGCGAUGAACUUUCGCGUGGGAGCAGUCAUGGGAGCAGCUAUUCAGGCCAUAGGAGCCCUUACAGUGCUAAAUCACUGGAUCCACGAGUUGACGGAAUUCUGAGCGGGAAACGAGGAGUCAAGCAUGCUGGUGGAAUAACCAGGAAACCAGUGCCUCAGAGGGGUUCAACGCCAGGCCAGAGGGCCACGCAACUGGAUACUCAGAGAGCAAUUAGUGGGACUUCAGUGUCAGGCCCCUUUGCAGAAUCUCGAGCGGCUAUCCCUGCUGGAGCGAUAGGUACAACGGGGGUAGCUGCUACGAUGCUUGGACGGAACGAGGAAGUUCCCACGAUGGAGACGAUCGGACAGCCACAACCUCCAGGGUCAUAUCCGAUAUCUGGGCCGGUUGCUCAUGAGCAGGGCUAUGCACCAGAUAGUGCAGUGGCGGCUAACCAAGUCAGUGAACCAUCAUCCCAGCCGAUCCCAGAGCCGCAAUCGACAGUCCAGGAUAUCCCAACCCAAGUUACUUCACUCACUACGGAAAGGCCUCAAGGUGACGCUGAGAAGGGGACAGAGUUUGUCUCACCAUAUGUAUCGAACCGGCCAGCGUUAGGGGAUGAGCAGAGCGAGAAGGGUCCGGGGGGUCACAAAGAUCAAUCAAAGCAUGGCAAUACAGUGGCUGCUAAAGUUGGUACCACUGGACUAGGAGUUGUUAUUACUCAUCAGCACGGAGAGCACGAACAAAUUCUCGCACAUCAACCAGAAAAUGCAGACAUAUCGCCUGGGGACCGAGUCAUUGGAGACAUCUCGCCAAGGAGAAGCAUGCUCGAGAAGAAGGACAGUAAGCAUGCGCGGAAGGCAAGCACUGAAUCGGGAAAGGAAAAGAAGGGCCUCAUCCACCGAUUGACGCAUCGUCGUAAGAGCAAGAAACACAGCUAUGAUGAGGCAGUCGAGCCUGUAGGAGAGAACCCAGGAAAUCAUGAUUCUGCUUCAGCUGCGGUCCGUAUUCCUGACCGCACCUCUUCUCAGAAUCGUGCCCAGCAGGAACCCGAAGACCCCCCCCCUGCAAUGAAGGAUGAGAAAUUGGACGACGAGAAGGACCACCACUAUGGCGCCGUCGCGGCCACAGGCGCUGCUGCAGUCGGAUCCGGUGCUCUCACUUCUGAGGUACUGGGGAACCAGAAGGACUCAGAACUUCGCCACGAACCUAUUACUCGAGAGAGUUCCUCCUCGGGACCGCGAGAAAGCAAAAUCUAUGCACCAGGAGACAGUACCACCUACGGGCCAAACAGUGCCACUGGCUUUGCCGAUGCACCCCGAGAGCCUAGCCGCUAUGGAACGGGUAACAUGGGCUACGAUUACACGGAAGGACAGGGCAUGGACAGCACUGGCAGCUAUGGAUACGGUGCUAUGGCAGCAGCAGGAGGAUUCGGAGCAACACCCGCGCUGGACGCCUCUCAUCACCAGUAUCCGACUGAUGCGACGAGCAGCGUAUAUAGCCACCAGCAGCCUCAAACCCCAGAAUUCAUUUCCGGCAGUGCUGCUCCUGACUACACACAACUAGCAGACCCUCCAGGGGCCAAUUACCCCUAUCCCGGCAUCCUCCCCUCCGACCACGACCCAGUCGUCCGCCGCGCCGACCCCCGUUUUGUCGCCGCCGGCUUCACCCAACCCGCCUUCCCACGCCCUCAAGCCGACCAAUCCACCAAAUACCCCACCGGCGGGCCUCCCGACUACCCCCAUAAACCCCAUAGCUACGACCACGCCGCUCCUCGCCAUUUGACGAACCGGCACUUCGAGGAGCUCGGGCUCAGCCACCAUGGUCCCCGACCUGACGCGGCAGAUACAUCCAACUAUAAACCCGCCAUCUCAGGCGCUGGCGGUGCGAGCAUCGGCGCUGUGGACGUAGAGGCUGUCUACGCUGGACGUCACACGCCGCCAAAACAGAGCGAACUUUAUGCGCCCCGUGACGGGACUAGUGACGUGCAGCCAAGGGAAGUCGGGUUCGGCUCCGCUGGCGGAAAAGGGCUAGUCGGCGCGUCUGAUAUGCCGGAGAUGAAGGAUAGCGCCGCUGUGAAGGCGAUGGAUAUGGGUGAGCGGGGGAGUGUGAGGAAAUCCGAGGAGAUGGGCGUGGCGAUUAGGAGGGUUAGUGUUGGGAGUGGGGGCAGUGGGGGUAGUGGAGGUAGUGGGAAUGGGAAUGGGAAUGGGAAUGGGAAUGGGAAGUUGAAGGUGCAUCCGAGUUUGAAGGGGCGGAAUCGGCUGCAUAAGGCGCCGAAGAAGGGGAAGAAGGUAGGGGCGUGA